GCGUGAGGAGUCAAGGUCAAUGUCUCCAUCGUACUAUCAUUCCGAUAACGACGAUAAUAGUGAUAAUGUGGAGACUUGUGAACGAUAUAAUAGCGCAUCACCAACAGCUUCCGGGGCUGGAUCAUUCGGGACUCACCGAAGUCCUGCUAAUUCGAAACGCUAUCGUACUCAUUUAACACCACUGCAAGUUCAUGUAAGUGAUCAGAAUCAUUUGUAAAA